UCUCGAGCGUGCCAACGUGGUCCAAGGGGUGCUCAGAGAGGUGUCUCUCCUCCGUCAGAAGGCGACCGGGAUGCGGCCCGUCCCGCAUGCUGCCUCCUAGCUCCGCCGCCGCCGGCAGGAGCAGCGGCGUAGCCGCGGCUCCCAAACUUCUCCGCCGCCGUUCGAACUCCCCGCGGCGCGGCGGUACACCAUGGUCAUCAUGGUACGCGCGACCGCGGCGCCGCACCACCACGUGGUGCACCCGGUGGUGUGUUGCACGGUCAAGCGUGUCAUGCGCCUACUGCCAUCCGCCCUCCUGCUCAUAUUCGUGCUCUCGCUCAUACUCGUGACACUGGUACAAAUCGCGGUCAUCCACUCGCACCGACGGGCAAUCUACCUCCAGCGCCGACUGGCCAGCACCUCCAGGCCGUCGCCGGCCAGGCCCCAGGUCGCGGUAGUCUCCCAGGGACAGAUGCGGCCUGUGGCCUCGUCCCCAGAAGGCGGCGCGUCCGGGUCUCCGACGGCUCACUUCCAGGCCUGGUCGGCCGUCCACAGGUCCCGGGGCGGAGACUAUUCGCACCGCAAGCCCAACGCUAGUCACAAUCGGGCCCAAGCGGCGGUCAGGGCACGACCCAACGCGCUACAGGUCGAGGCCCUGCUGGACCGCAACGCGCCCACCGUGGACAACAACAUCAAAAUCUUGACGGGAUUGGCGAACGCGGCAAGAAUACGCGACAUUUUCGCUGGUGCCUCGGCGGGGACGCCGCACCGUCAGAGGUUGACGUCGCCGGCAUCGGUCCGUGAGGAUAUGCUGGUGAGUGCAGUGCCGAGCGACGACGGAGUCUCGUGGAAGUUGGUGAAAGAUGAUGUGUACAGACGCGCGGGUGGUGGUGUGUCGGCCGUUACGGCAGUCCGCGAAGAUGACGAAGACAAUGACAGCGCGCGACGGACGCGAAAGUUUGCGUCGGACAAGGCGAAGAAGACAUCUGUCGAAGUGGUUACACGACCUCUUUGCCCCGAAGUGCCUCCAGGACUAGUGGGUCGCGUGCAAGUUGACCUCGAUCUGAGGCCGAGGCGGCGACAAACGCAGCGGUCGCCCAAGGCAGCGCAGACCGGCAAGUCUGGUGCCGGGAGCGGUACAGCUACGCCGUCGCCUACCGGUGGACUGUGGAGCCCAGUAGAGUGCGCUGCGCGUCACCGGGUUGCCUUGGUGGUGCCCUACAGGGACAGGCGCCUGCACCUGCUCCUUCUCCUUAGGCACCUGCAUCCCAUCCUCAGGAGGCAGUUGCUGUCCUACAGGAUAUACGUUGUCGAACAGUACGGCAACGACACGUUCAACAAGGGCGUGCUGAUGAACGCCGGUGUGAGGGAGGCGUUCCGGGACGCCGACUACCACUGCUUUGUGUUCCACGACGUGGACCUCAUUCCGGAGGACGACCGCAACAUGUACUCCUGCCCGCCUAGUCCCAGGCACAUGUCCGUCGCCAUUGACAAGUUCAACUAUACGUUACCAUACCAAAUGCUAGUUGGAGGCGUGCUAGCUAUCAAGCGGGAGCACUUCCUCAAAGUCAACGGGUUCUCCAACCUCUACUGGGGCUGGGGAGGAGAAGACGACGACAUGGCCUAUAGAAUCAAGCACAAAAACCUCAAGAUCAUUCGUCCGCCAGCUUCGGUGGCCAGAUACACAAUGAUUAAACACCACCAACGACCGGAAUCACCAAACAACAUAAGGAUGGCUCUGGUGCGAAUGGCCUGGUACCGCAUGAACAAGGAUGGCCUGAGCACUGCCAAGUACCGGCUAGUGAGCAAGCAGGUGCUGCCCCUGUACACGCACCUGCUGGUGGACAUCGGUCACAACCACAAGUGGCACUUCUCCAGCUCGCAGAAGCUCAUAAUCAACCUAUGACCGCUGGAACCACCGGCGGCCAGAUCCUGCCGGAAGCGGCCAGUGCUUGCUGCUCACCUCUACGCCCGUGCCGUAGUCUCCGCUGGCAGACGAUGUGCGCGUUCGUUACGACAGAAACCUCAACGACGAGUUCCUUCCUGGGCAUUCGUGGCAAGUUCUACUCCCAAGUCCCUGACGCAAUAGUUUCGUGCUUAUCUGACAACCGAGCUAUUGGACUCAUCUCCAACCCUAGAAGAUCCCUGUUGCUGUGUCCCAGUAGAAGCUGUUCACACCCUGAGAGCUGGUAUUCGACGACUAAACAAGCCCAUCGUUGAAAGUACGACCGUUUAAGACAAUGACUUGUGCUUAGAGACGUAACACUGAAAACGUUGAAAGUUUUCAGCAAAUAGCUAGAAAGAUUUCAGCCGUACCGUGGGCUAAACCUCUUCGGGUUGAUCUCAGGUGCCCUCGCUGGUGUCCAUGGUGCAACAAUUUUCGUUGUUUUUUUAUUUUGCUGCAAAUACUCGGCCACACGUUUUCGCAUCGUGAACGAACUCUGAGCCAAGUUUUGCGAUGAGUUCACUUCAAGUCACUAAGUUGUCUUGUCAGCGCGAUGCAAGAAUACAAGACUUGCCUGCGAUUAAGCAUCGCCACGUGAUGAACCUGUUUCGUGGAAGCAAUGACUCAAUGGUUCACACGCACCUAAGAACGCGCAUAGUUAAUGAUGAGUUCACAUCAAAGGUGUUGACACAGGAACCCCCCCCCCCCCCCUAUUGUUCUUCUGGUACUUUGAUUACGCGUAGCGCGAAGAGAAUCCUGUCACUGGUAUGUGUGAAAGAAACAGACGAAGUCGAAAAAUAGUAGAGAAGGAAAAACGAAGGUGUGUCGAAGACACUCAGUUGAAACACUGAAAAUGCCUGCCAUUUCCGGUUACUUCGUUAACCUGUAUUUUACGAGUAGUUUUUAUGUGACUGUAACUAGAGUGCGUCCUCGUUUCGCUUACCCAAUUUAAUCAGUAGUGCAGCAGCUGGAGUAUAAAUGUCCCGAACAGGAUUUUCUUUUGAUGACAUUUGUUUGAAGCGGCCGAAAUGUUCGCAGUCAGUCAACAGUGAACUCCAUAUCCUACUCCUCGGAACAUGAAAGUUCCAAAGCACUAAACCAUAUUCAUUUUGACAGCGAGAAGGAAUAAUACACUACACAUAACUUGGUUCCCUUUUUUAGCACUGAAGUGUGAACAGACGCCUGUAUGUAUUUUCUGCGGAAAUUUAAGCUUAUUCCCUCACCAUAUAGACCAGCGACACUAGCCUGUGAACGCCUUAGACCCCGAUGACACGUUAUAGUCGACAAGGCAAAGAUAAACGCAUUAUGAGCGGAAGGCGGGUGCGCGAAAGCGGCAUCUCUUGGUAGUAUAUUUAUCGAUUUUUGUGUGGGUAGGUGGGAACUGCCACUCCCCGGGCUUCAGCCCGGUAAGUCAUUAUAUAAGCGAUAAAGCGGUUAACAGAAACCUACGACAAUAAAGCUAAGAUAGAAAGCUGCUAUUUAUUCAAGAACAAUUAUUUUCUUAAUGGUGCCAAUGAAGUCUUUUCCCAAGAUAACUACGCAUCACAAUAGGUGAUAAAGAAAUACAACACAAGGGCACCAAUAAGAUCCAGUUGUGUAUAAAGCGUUCAGACUUGAAAGUUUGCCAAUGUGGCACCUUUUAAAGAUGCUAGACGAGACAUUCACUGCCGUCCUUCAACCAUUGCUUAUGUUUGUAAAGUAACACAGCUCCGACGGACAGAUUCAUUAGCCAACUUUGUUAUUAUUUACGCUUGCAAAUGAACCUUAGGCUGCCAGAGAUAAAAAUUACAUGACUCUUAAGUACUUAAAGUAGCACAGAAUAUACCUCAGUUUAAUCACACUAUUAUUUUCUCGCAACUUCAUGUAGCUGGUACAAGAAAACUUUCCGAUAAAGAAAGAUUUCAAGAAAGUAAAUGAUUCAAGGUGCUC